UCUCUUUCACGGAGAUAAAACUGUUUCGUGUUUUAUCACUUCUCAGUUCUCAUUGAGCAGCGAAAGCGCGAGGGAGAGGGCAGAGAGAGGAGAGGGCGCUUUAGCACUCGAAAAUGGUUCAGAGGCUCACCUACCGGAAGCGGCAUAGCUAUGCCACCAAAUCCAAUCAGACGAGGGUCGUGAAAACCCCUGGUGGGAGGCUUGUCUACCAGACCUCUAAGAAAAGGGCCAGCGGGCCCAAGUGUCCCGUCACUGGAAAGAGAAUCCAAGGGAUUCCUCACCUGAGACCUGCUGAAUACAAGAGAUCUAGAUUACCCAGGAAUCGGAGGACUGUAAACCGUCCAUAUGGUGCAGUGUUAUCUGGGACUGCUGUCAGGGAGAGAAUCAUUCGGGCGUUCUUGGUGGAAGAGCAAAAGAUUGUGAAGAAGGUAUUGAAGAUCCAAAAAGCCAAGGAAAAGCAAUCCCUCAAAAGCUGAGAUGUGAAAAAAGAAAAAAGAUUGAAGAAAUGAUUUUCGGUCUUUUUAUCUGUUCAAUUUUGUCUUUGUUUUGAAUUUGAAAGACCAAUUUAUUGGUUGAGGUGUUGUGAUUGAUUUCAUGUUCAGAUAUUUGUUUUUUGGGGGAUAUGUAUUGGUUAUUCUUAAAUGCCCUUUGUUUGAAUAUUAUAUUGUUAGAUUACUGCCUUUUAAUUUAGAGAAAGUAUGAUUGAUAUUUA